AUGGCUACGAUAAAUCUCUCCCAGCUUUCGUGCCCGAAGGAAAACUACUUCAGUGUUCUCCAGUAUAAUCGCUCAAAAUACUGCAACGUUCUACACAUGCAUUAUCUUGCGUCGAAGUUAGCCGAGCGUCAUGUUGUCGUUCACUCUGUUCACCCGGGUAACAUGGUUCGAACUGGUAUUCAACGAAGAUGGUGGGGAUGGAAGCUUCUCUUUGCUCUUGCAAGUCCUUUCACGAAAUCUGUCUCUCAAGGUAGCGUCUUCUUUCAUUCAAUCGAUAUCAUAAUUGGUAGUUCUGAAGGUGCCGCAACACAACUAUACGCCCUCUGCCACCCCACCACUGCGGAAUUCACUGGUGUUUAUUGGAACAACUGCGCUCCUUGUGAGCCGAUCGCUCCUGCAAUCAACGAUGACAACUCCCUUCAGCUGGAACUCCUUUCCAAAAAACUUUGCGCCGACUUUAUACAAGCAUGA